AUGGCAGCCGGCGUGGCGACGUGGCUGCCGUUUGCGCGGGCGGCGGCAGUGGGAUGGCUGCCGCUAGCCAAGAAGACGAUGCCCAAACCGCCGGUGGACAAGUCGUCAAGGUCAGAUGAGAUCCUGUACGUGAACGUCAGCGGGGUCAGGUUCCAGACAUGGAAGAACACUCUGGAUCGUUAUCCCGACACGCUGCUGGGCUCCUCGGAGAAAGAGUUUUUCUUCAACGAAGACACGCAGGAGUUCUUCUUCGACAGGGACCCUGAGAUGUUCCGACACAUUCUGAACUUUUACCGCACUGGGAAGCUCCACUACCCGAGGCACGAGUGCAUCCAGGCCUUCGACGAGGAGCUGGCCUUCUACGGCAUCGUGCCGGAGAUCAUCGGAGACUGCUGCAUGGAGGAAUACAGAGACAGGAAAAAGGAGAACCAGGAGCGUCUGGCCGAGGACACGGAGGCCAACGAGGGGAUGGACGCCCCCCUCCCCCCCGACAGCACCUCCAGGGAGCGUCUGUGGCGAGCCUUCGAGAACCCCCACACCUCCACCAUGGCGCUGGUCUUCUAUUACGUCACCGGCUUCUUCAUCGCCGUCUCCGUCAUCGCCAACGUGGUGGAGACGGUCCCGUGCCGGCCGCCCAAGGGCAGCGUCAACGACCUUCCCUGCGGCGAGAAGUACGGGCUGGCGUUCUUCUGCAUGGACACGGCCUGCGUGCUCAUCUUCACCUUCGAGUACCUGAUGCGUCUGUUCGCCGCGCCCAGCCGCUGCAAGUUCAUGCGCUCGGUGAUGUCCGUGAUCGACGUGGUGGCCAUCAUGCCGUACUACAUCGGCCUGGUGAUGCCGGAGAACGAGGACGUGAGCGGCGCCUUCGUCACCCUCAGGGUCUUCCGCGUCUUCCGGAUCUUCAAGUUUUCCCGCCACUCGCAGGGUUUGAGGAUUUUGGGCUACACGCUGAAGAGCUGCGCCUCCGAGCUCGGCUUCCUGCUCUUCUCCCUCACCAUGGCCAUCAUCAUCUUCGCCACCGUCAUGUUCUACGCCGAGAAGGGAACCAAGGGCUCCACCUUCACCUCCAUCCCGGCCUCCUUCUGGUACACCAUCGUCACCAUGACAACGCUGGGAUACGGUGACAUGGUUCCUAACACCAUCGCAGGGAAGAUCUUCGGGUCCAUCUGCUCUCUGAGCGGCGUCCUGGUGAUCGCACUUCCUGUCCCCGUCAUCGUCUCCAACUUCAGUCGAAUCUACCACCAGAACCAGAGAGCGGACAAGAUGAGGGCUCAGCAGAAAGUGCGCAUGGCUCGGAUCCGCAUGGCAAAGAAAGGAACAACAAACGCCUUCCUCCAGUACAAAGAAGACAGAGGGAUCGGGGACGGUGACAGCCAAGCUCUGUGUGUGAAGAACAAAUCGGCGUUCGAGCACCAACAUCACCAUCUGCUGCACUGUCUGGAGAAAACAACGAACCACGAGUUCACGGACGAGAUCAACUACAGCGAGUUGUGUAUGACCGAGUCCGUCGGCUUUAGGACCAGUCGCAGCACCUCCCUGUCCAGCCACCAGGGGGCGCAGAACAACUCCAGCGGCUGCUGCCCGCGGCGGGCCAGGAGGAGAGCCGCCAUGCGCCUGGCCAACUCCACGGUGUCCGUCAGCCGGGGGAGCGUCCAGGAGCUGGACACGCUGCACUUUAAAAACACCUCCAUAGCACCACAAACUCGAUCCAGUCUCAACGCCCAGUGCGUCAACCUGAAGCUGAACUGUGGGAAUCCAGAUUACACCGCCGCCAUCAUCAGCAUCCCCACGCCGCCCUCCAACACGCCCGAUGAGAGCCCCCCCCAGUCGCCGGUCCCCAUCCCCGGCAUCCUGCGCAACACCCGCGCCACGGCCUACACCCACGACACCGUCAAGGUCUCCUCCUUAUAA